AUGGAUAUUGAACGUAUGAAAAAGCUUCUUUCCAGUGGAAUUGAAGCUGGAAAUAAGGUAAAAGAAGUCCGUGAAGUCAUCAAGUCUUAUAAAACACAAAAACAGGAUAUGUAUGAUGAUACAGCAGAAAUAUUGAAACCUUCUAUUGAAAUUAAAAAAAAAGUUAAGGAAACAAUUGAUGAAAAACAGAACAAGUUAAUAAAAAAAUUACAAGAAAACAAAGAAACCGUUGACAGAAAACAGGAUGAAGUUAUUAGACAAUUGCAAGAGAAUCAAAUUGAGUUCAACAAUUCAAUUUCAAAUAUGAGUGAAACAAUGAGUGACAUUAUGUCCCAACAAGGAUCUGUAUCUGGGGUUAAAUCUUGGUUAUCUGAUCUACCAUCUGAAGUUACUCCGAUGGAUAUAAUUGAAGAAGAAGAUAGUGAUGAAGAAGGAGUAGAAGAAGUAGAAAAACCUAAAUCUUUGCUAGAUCCCGGUGCAACAGAAAUCAUAAAAAAAUAUGGUUUCGAUCCAACAUUGCAAAAUAUUCCAUCAGAAAAUGAAUUUAAAAAAUUAAUAUCCAGUACAACAGGCAAACAGAAUUCCAAAAAUGCAAUAAUAAAGAACCUUGCAAAAAAAGAAUCAAAAGCACUAAGCGACUAUUUGAAAUUAGUAAAAGCCAGGAAAUUGGGCAUAACACAAAAAGCCUCUGGCAUUUACACACAACCAAAACGAAACGCCUAUAAGAUAUCACAAAGAGGACAGUAUGGUGGUCUAGUCAUUGAUCUUCCAAAACUGUAUGGACAUCUGAACGUUGUGGCUCAUAAAAACGGUCAAAAAGUGUAUGAUAAACAGGCUGACUUUGACACACUUGAUCUUUUAACAAAACGAUUCAACAGCAAAAAGAAAUACUCUGAACUAGCAAGAUCCGUGUUCAAUGACCUUAAUAGAUUAAGUGAAAUACCAAUCCACAGAACUUCCAAAAAGUAUUCGAAACUUGGAAGCGGUGUAGUCUACUAUAAUAAUCCACAAGAUUUACUUUCACGGUUGGAGCUGCUUGGAGGGUCUAUGUCUGCUGGAAACGACAGUAGUGAUGUUAGAGAAGAGUUUACGAAUAUAGUACAUUUGUUGAACAAAUUGAAUGUCAUUCAUAACAAACAAAUGAAUGACCUCUUGAAAGAAUAUCUAAUCUAAUAAUAUAUGAGUGAAUUAAUAUUAAGAUUUGCAUCAAAAAUAGACAAAAAGUGGGUGUAAGUUUGAGUCAUGAUUUUACUACUAAAUUUAAGGAGCCUAUUAAACUGUCUUAUGACAUGAAGCAUGAACUUGCUGUUAGAACAAUAUCUAUGACUUACAGUUGGUAUAACAUCAAACAAUCAUAUGGAAACAAUCAAAUAAAAUACAGUCAUGAUAAAGGUACAAGUUGGGAAACAAUCACAUUUGUUGAUGGGAUGUACAGUUAUGAUGAUAUUGAUAAGUAUAUCAAAGAUUACAUGAAAAGCAAAGGACAUAUUAUUAAAGUUGAUGAAGAAGAAAAGUAUGGAAUCAAUCUGUAUUUUGUUUUAUCUACUUAUCGAGUACUUAUUGAAUUAGAGGAUGAUUAUCAAAUAGAUCUCAGAAACUCAAAUUUCAGAAAACUGAUUGGCUUUAAUUAA